AUGAUCGAUCUAACCACCAUCUCAGAUCUUACUCUAACCGAAGGGGAAGUUCGUAUUGUACUUCGAAAUCUGGACGAAGAGAAAGCAACUGGUUCUGACAAAAUCCCAGCUGUAUUACUAAAAAACUGCGCGUCUAGUAUAGCUCCGUCAUUAUGUGAACUUUUCAACAAAAGUUUAUCGUCUGGUCAACUUCCGUCAGAAUGGAAGUUGUCUAAUGUUUGUCCAAUCCCAAAGAAAAGUCCACUUCAUGAAGUUUCCAAUUAUAGACCAAUUUCACUCCUAUCGUUAGUUUCGAAGGUAUUUGAACGGUGCAUCUACAAUAGAGUUAAAGAUCAUAUCUCCAGCAAACUGAAUGAGUUACAGUAUGGUUUCCAAAGAGGCAAGUCUACUACUUCCCAACUUUUACAUGUUCUUCACAAAAUUCAUAAAAUGCUUCAAAAAAGAUUCCAAGUUGACACAAUUUACCUCGACUUCGCGAAAGCAUUUGACAAAGUAAGUCAUGACCUUUUACUUGUGAAACUCCAUAACUUUGGCAUCAAAGGUAAUCUUCUUCGUUGGUUCAAAAAUUAUCUUUCUGGGCGUUUUCAAAGAGUCACUGUACAUGGUGUAACAUCUCAGCCGCUCCCAGUACUAUCCGGCGUUCCCCAAGGAUCAAUUCUUGGACAAAUCCUCUUUCUAAUCUACGUAAACGAUCUUCCCGAUAGCAUCUCCCAAGGUACUGCCGUGUCAAUAUUUGCUGAUGAUACUAAAUGUCAUCGCGCUGUUCGUAAUCUUCAAGACAGAGAAAUCCUACAAUCAGAUCUUAACAAUAUUACCUACUGGUGUCAAGACUGGAGGAUGGAUUUAAAUAAAUCCAAGUGUGGGCUACUUCAAUUUACUCGUUGUCUCCAACCUACUAUCAACCAGUACACAUUAGUUGACAUCCCAGUCAAACCAUUAACCUGUGUAAAAGAUCUUGGCGUAAGUAUCACCAAAGAUAUGAAGUGGAACCAGCACGUGCAGGACUUAUCCUCAAAAGCUAACAAAAUACUGGGUUUUAUCAAGAGAACAGCGUCCGGCAUUCAUUAUAAAAGAGUUCGAAAGAUACAGUACUUGACUAUCGUUCGAAGCCAGCUAGCUUACAGUAGUCAAGUGUGGGCACCCCAAACUGUCAACAACAUCCUAACGAUCGAACGGUUGCAGCGACGUGCAUCAAAAUUUAUUCUUUUGCUCCCGUACAAAACAUCUAUCUCGUAUAAGAAACGAUUGGCUACCUUCGGAAUCCUCCCUCUAUGUUACUGGCAUGAGUAUUUAGAUAUGGUGUAUCUUCACAAAUGCCUUAUAAAUGACUCUGACAGUAACAUAUCUAUAAAGAUCCCUUCACAAGAAACAAGGAAUACUAGUUCAACCAACGGCAUCCGACUUCAUGUAACCAAAAGUAAAACUGUUUCUUUUUAAAAUAGCUUUUACAUCAGAGCUGUUAAUGUGUGGAACACGCUUCUCAGCUUCAUAAGAAAUACCACCACAUCUCUAACUGCAUUUAAAUGUAAUGUAAUGAAAUAUUACGUAGAAUUAACCCAACAAAUUUAUGAUCCUGAAGAUCCAAGAACAUUUACUGUCGAUGCAAUGGAAGUGUUGAUAAAAUAUUGCACCAAUUCCUUCCUCAAGUUGAUCAAUUCAUUUGAUAGAAAAUUGAUCAACUUCCUGUUACUUUUAAAUAAGCCAAUUCGAUUUCGUUUCAGAACCGAUUGACCAGUAGGAAACGCACAGGAAGUAAAAAGAAAUUUGAAUUCGUAUGAAUUGAUCAACUUGAGGAAAUGAAUUCAUGCAAUAUUUUAUCAACACUUCCAUUGCAUGGACAGUAAGUCUGUUUGUAUUAAAUGUCACACCACUUGCCCACUAAUGAACUUAUCAACUCGAACAUGUUGCUAAAUUUAGUUUUUGUUCGUUUGUUCGUCAAUACGUUUGCUUUGUCUUCUUGUAUUUGUGUUUAAUUGCUAUGUUUGCUUUAAUUUUAAAAUAAUUAGAUAUACAAAAAGUUGUUCUUUUUUGGAACCCCGUUAUUGGAGAACUAUCUCUGUGUGGAAAUUCCAGUCAUUUAUAACCAUAGUACUCUAUAUAGAUCUAUUGCAAUGGCAAACUUGUAAAAUAAAUAAAAUAAAAUAAAUAAAACGUUUUGCGAAUCGUUUUUGAUUGAAUUUUACAUUAAAUCAACGCUUAUAUUACGUACAAUAACAUACCUAGCAUAUAUAUGUUUGGGAAAUUGAUCAUUUUGACAACACUUCAUGUUUGGAAUUCAGAGGCGAGGGUUUUGCAUGCAUGUAUUUUCUAGUAACUGCUAAAUACGGCGGUAGCUGCCAAUAAUAUGAACAAGCUUUCGUUGGCAGCGAUGCAACUACCUGGAAAAUAUAAGGAGAAUUUCGACGUUUCGAGCGAAGUCCCUUCGUCUGGAGUUACUAGCGGGGUAGAGAAAAGUCCAUGAGCUUUCAUAGAAUAGCCUGUGACUCUCGACGAUGCGCGGCGAGAGAACGUCUGUGAAUUGGAUAUUCCUUGUUCUGGUCACGUGGAUUUUCCACAGAUUUGUGGAAAGGCCUCUGAUUGGACAGUGCUUUAGUUGAAUAAUACAGGACAAAUGAAAAUAUUUCAUUGGUUAAUUGAUAAUUAGCAUGCGUUUAAAAUAGCAACACAAAAAUUUUUAAUUCAGAGAUUUCCCUCUGGGGCCGGUUGUUCAAAAGCCAGUUAACUUUAACCCAGGGUUAGCGCUAACCCUGGGUUAAAAUCCUUAACCCAGGGUUAGUUAACCCUGAGUUAAAACUGCGUUGUUCAAAGCUGGGUUAGAGGUCCGGUUAACUAACCCUGGGUUAAGACAUUUAACCUUAGGUUAAAAAGCGCGCGAAUUUUAAAAGUCUUACAAAAUGGCGGACGUUUCGGGAGAGAAACAAAGGGAAAAAAGGAAACUAAACUUUACUGUGACGAAAAUAGACACGUUGACCAUGCAGCAAAGUGCAUGAAAUUUUAGAUGUUUUGCAGUCAAAAUUAACAAAUGCAACAACAAAUCAAAGAAAGAACAAAAUGUGGGACGACAUAACUAAAGAAAUAAACGCGAUAGGAGUGGCAUACCGCACGGCAAGCGAAAUAAAAGAAAAAUGGGAAAGCUUGACGAGCUCCGCGAAGAAAAUGUUUGCCGACGUGAAUAGGCAGGUACGGAAAACUGGAGGUGGUCCUCCGCCUAAAGAGCCCACGGCGGUGGAAGAAAUAAUAAUGAAAAUAUUUGAAGAUACUCCUCUUUUUACCGGACUAGACGGCUUUGAGACAGGUACGAAGUAAAAUGCAUUUUUUACGUUAAUUUAAGGUACAAGUUUGGGCAAGUCUACACAAAUGACCGCACACUAGUUACCAGAGCACCCGCUCGUUUUGAUAUUUAUUCGACUUAAUUAAUUUACAAAACGAGAACGGCCAUAUUGCAAAGAAAAGAUGAGUUCAACAAAUAUAUACAGUAGAUUAAUUUUUGAAUUGCUGCACACUUUGAUUAUAAAUACAAUACCACAAAAUAUGUCGCCAAGUUCAGGAUUUAUUAUGUUGGCACAAAACUAAGAUAAGUAUACUUCUGUGUAAAUAUAAAUUUAACUGCAAAAACGUUGCCAAAACUGUGUAUUUUAUAGAUACCCUUGCAGUUUUUAAAGCAUAUUUUACGAACUAAAAGUACAUGUAUUAUCUUUCUUUAUUUUCAGACUUACAGGAUAGACAUUCCUUUGAAGGAUUCAACAUGCCCCCACUUGGCGACGAUAUCUUUCAUGAACAAGAAGACGAGGAGGAUGAUGAGGAUAAUUAUGAUCGUGUAACGGUAGAACAGCGUCCAAUACCACCCUCAUUCAUUCAGGACGAAAUAUUUGUUCCUAAUGCUUUACCUGUGCCAGCUACCUCUACCCCUGUCCUCCCUCCACCAAGAAGAAAAGAAAAACAGAGGAGAAUAACUAAUGAAGAUGUCCUAAAAUUACAAGCCGAAGUGCUGCAACACCACAAAGAG